AUGAAGCAAACUGGGACAUCACAGGACAAAUGGUCCCAACCCGGCUGGAGGAUAGAGCAGAAGUAUGCAAACAAAGUGCUGUUAGGCAACUGGGCAGAAUACAGACUUCAGUUCACUCGAGAGGCACAGACAGCCAGCAGCACAUAUCGUUCAGACCACCGCUCCCACUGGGACUUCAGGCCAGACGUCUCUGGGCUCCCAUCCAAGCUGCUACUUGACCACCAUGGCCCACCAUCCUCUCAUUACUUGGUCACACACUAUGGAGAGAGCUACCAGCACACCAAUGCUUUGCCCAAUCUGCGACCAUGGCAUCCAGACAGCUUGACAUGGCAGCUGGAGAGGGUUAACCGGACAAUUUCUGCCCUUCCAACCAACGCUGGCCCACCGCGGUCCACAAAGCAACGCUUGGAAAAGCAGCAGUCACACCUCCCGUCGCUGACUGUGUACGGGUCAGCAUACCAGAGGCACCCACUUAGUGCCUUCUACCAGAGCCGCUUUGCCAGGGCUUCACGCAUGCUCUCCAGCCACCUCCACGCAGCCAAUCACAACAACAAGGACCUGGAUCUGAGGCGGCACUCAUUACUACUAAUCCCAGAUCAUUGUUUGAGUCAACUUCAACAAUCACGACAGGCUUAG